AUGUCGAAUAUCCAACAACAAUCUCGUCGUAUUCCAAAUGCUAAUGGUCAAGUAUUAAUUGAGAAUUGGGUUGAAGAACGAGCAACUGAACAUCUUGAUCAUCGUAUUGAACAACAUUAUGAUACUAAACCAACAUCACCACCUAUUAUAAAAAAAACUUCUCAUACUGCUUUACUGACACCAAAUUAUGGAUCUCCACUUGAUAAUUUAACAACCUAUAUUGAUAGUUAUGAUCCAUUUGGACCUUUCAAUCGAAAAGAUCAAGGUGCACGACGAAAACUUCUUGAACAUUCAUUAACACGUCAAGUUGCUGCUGAAUUAAAUGCACGUAAAAAAGAAGAUGAUGAACUCUUACGAUUUCAACGUAUAAAUGAUACAAACAGUGAAUAUCGUGAUGAAUUUUCUAAACAAUUCGACUCAAAACCACCACCAACUACACAAACUCAUAACCUUUUGCGUGAAAUGCCGGUUUCAUUUUGGACUGAACAUCGACAUGCAUCUCAUGGUGUCACACAAAUGAAAACAUUAAAUAGUCCAUUUCAUCGAAAUGCAACUUUUAGUACACCUGUUGAGCUUACAUAUGAAGGUGGUCGUCCUCAUGAAAUGGAACAUUGGCCAAAUUAUGCUCAAAAAUCACUUAAUGACGCUAAAAUCUGUUAA